AGCGCUGACUACAUGCUUUUUUUAUUCACGUGUAUGGAGUGAAUUUAGUGCCAACAUUAUUUACACGUGUUUCACAACUCACACGUGUUUUGUGCACUGCAAAACACAAUUCACACGUUUUACGCAUUGUAAAACUGCAAAUCCAGUUUUACAAAUCUCAAACUAAAUAUCAAAAUACAAAUCUCAAGCUGUGGACACACGAAAUGUGUUUUACGCAUCACAAAACUACAAAUCCUGUUUUACAAAUCUCAAACGACAAAUUGCAAAAUACAACUCUCAAGCUGUGGACACAAAAAUACAAAUCAUUUUGGCACUAUUUUUCCAUGUAGUAAUGGAACAAAAUCCACACGUGUAUGCACCAAUCAGAGCUAUGGUACCUACAGCCAAUCAGAGGAAGAGGAGCUCACAACCAAUCAGUGAGCAGCAAGGAAUAGCUUUUUGCAGCCCAUACUUGGAGAGGACGGGAGCUGAUGAAGCAUGGCGGUUGCUUAGAAUGUGUUCCAAGACAACCAAGGAACCUCUGAAGAUCCUGAACCUCUCUGGGGAAAAGGUGAAAACUCUGGAGAUGCAAUGUACCAUUAAAAUCCUGGAUGAAUGCAUUUGGAAGAUGGAGACAGCAGUCCUCCUCCCAACCAUUCUGUUGAACGUGGAGAGGAAUUCAGCAGUGCUUUGGGGUGGGCUUAUGAGAGUACUACAGGGGCACCAGCUCUUAGAAGAAAGGUUUGCCACUCAGGAGUUAAGGUGGCAGAAAUUGCAGGGUGAGGAGGGGAAAAUCCAUCUGGCAGGGCUAGAACAGGCACUCUGUGGAUCCUUUCAAAAUGUCCUCCGCUAUCUGCGAGCCCACCCCUCUGGUUUCCAGGGGCUAAGCAGAGAGGCCACAGAUAAAGGAUCCCAGAAGUUAGUCGAGGGUCUAAAAGAGUUGCAGGGACUCCUCUGGGUUAGGCAGCUGGUUGGAGGAGGUCCCCCAGCAGAGGAGCAAGUUGAACGAGACAGUAAUCAGUACAUUGAUGAACUCUCUCUCAGGCAUCGUAAUAACAUGGAGGUCGUCUCUACACUGGAAGAAGAUGUGGUAGCUGCUACUAAAGACAAGGAUGCCGAGACUUUUAAGAAGAAUGAGGUCAUCCGUAAACUGAAGAGCUCCAUGCUCCAGAGGGAGAAGAUGUCAGAGGACUUUACGUUUAGAAUGCUGCAGGAUGUGGAGAACCAAAACCUGUCAUACAGGAAGACCUCAGAGGGCCGCCGGGCAAAUAUGCAGCAGGAUAUCAACCAGCUGUGUACACAACUCAAGAACUUGAUCACUAAGAACCGUGAGGUUGAGAUGACCCUCAGAAAGAAACGAAACAAGGUGGAGUCAGAAAUUGAGAACUGGAUCCAGAAGUAUGAUGCUGACAUGGGUGAAAAACAGUGUCUUUCACAGGAUCACAGAACUGGACCUGACCCGGCUGAGGACAAAGAAGAAACAUGCCUGGUUGAACCUGGAGACAAGGUCCUGGUGAAAAACAUAAUCGGAUGACAUUUUAUCCAAAUUUGGUCUGGACCACACAUGCUCACGAUUCCAUCAGCUGCUUCCAGUGUCUGGAACUCCAGUGUGGUUCCGCAUUAAAUAUUUAGGAAUAUACAAGGGUGAGACCCAACAUGGGGCACAAUAAUCCCCGUCUACCCUUAUAGCCCCUGGGGGCUAUCUCUCUCUAUGUGUCUCCAUUCAGACACAUAUUUCCAGGACAAGAUGUGCACCAACGCGGCAGGCGGAAGUUGAAUCUGGAUGAUGGCCUCACAAAGGACAUUUUUAAUGUUGUACAUUUUUGGUGUUUUGUUGUAAUGUUGUAUAUAGUCUGAAUGUGAAAGGUAGCCACUGGGUCCAUAGCGAAUGGCACAAUAUUGGUGACAAAAGGAAGACUACUUUCUAACCAAACUACUCAAAGCCUAACAUUUGCACUACUGCACUAAUCCAACUGACACCUCUACCACUAUCUCUAUUCUAAUCACUCCUGAUGUCACCAGUAAACACCUCUGCUCCAGCACUUGAUAGCUGGGUGUUAAACCCUAAUAACAAAUGCAGCUAAAAGGCAACAAAUGAGACCCAAUGGCUAGAAGGUAGUAUUUGUGUGUAUUGUCACAUUGUAAGUAGAGGUGCCUGUACCUGGUAAUAGGCCUUGUACACGACGCUUGUAGAAUUCUUUCUUUUGUUUUCUUACAUUAUUCAGCCGGCCUUACUCUUAUCAGCGGGUUCUCAUAUAUCAUGCAUACUACACUUUUAGAAUAUUGGUCAACCUCCUUUACUGUCCGCCCAGUGCCGGCCAGCAGCAGAUGAGUUUCCCCUUGUGAGCCGGGUUCUGCUCAAGGUUUCUUCAUAUUAAAAUCUGGAAGUUUUUCCUUGCCACGGUUGCCAUAGGCAUGCCACAAGGGGAUUUUAGGCCUCGGUUCUAUAUGUAAGAGGUGUAACUGACUAAUUGACAAUACUGUUAUGAUUUCCUGUAAGCCAACCAAGUUGACCUUGCCAUAUGCUUUAUGUUGGGUCAAAAGAGAGGGACUGUUGGGAAACAGACAGUUUUGUGUAUUCUAAGUCCCAGUUUGUGUAUUCUAAGUCCCGGAGGAAGGGCCACCCCCAUGACCAUAUAUGGGCCUCCAUUCCUGUCGGUUUCGAGGUUUCCCCUCCUGGGAAUUUCCACUGGGCCCCCCAUGACUAUUAUGGAUUUGAAUGGUCCAAUCAGAAGGAAGCACGGCCCCUUAUCACCAAUCAGACGCAGUACUCCCUUUCAACAAUAGAAUUCCACUAUAUGCAAAUAUCAAUCUACUGAGAACUGUAUAAAACUAAUUACCCACCAAUACCUUUUUGAACUUUCUCUCUGAGUUGUUCCCGUAGCCGGCUGCGUAAUAAAUGUUCCUGUUUUCACUACAAA